UAGACACACAGUUACACAACCGGCUUUAGAGUUGUGAAAUCUGAUCGACUUUGUUGAGCAACUUUGUUUACUAGCGAAAAUAUAACAUCGUGUCUGUGAUCUCAAAUAUAAAUGAAGGAGUUGGUGAUACAGGUGAGCGGGCUAUUCAUAGAUGCGUUUCUUCAAUACCCUGUAAGCUGUUCACUAGCGUUCUGUAUUGCGUUGUAUAUAUUGUAUCCUGUCUAUUAUAAAGACACAGAAGCAACUAAAGGAUUGAGAUGGAUAGUGUCGUGUUUUGCUAUCUUUAUACUCUUGUCAGUAGCAUCAAUUUUCUUUGUACCACAAUUCAGGAUGGCCACUGAUCGAAUUAUAUUUCGACCAACACCAUCUUGUUCAACUUUUGAUAAUCCUGCUCGGUAUAUUUGCCUCACUUUUAACGAGAAACAUCAACAAGUGUUCUAUACAACUACAUGGAGAAAAUGCAGCAGAUCUGAUGAAAACAUGCAAAAUGCCAGCAAUUACUACAUUACUUCAUCAUGGAUACCGUCGUUUGAUCAUUUCGUUACAAGAGAACGGAUGCUAUUUCAACCUGAACAUACACAAGACGAAGUAAAAAAUCCGUACUAUUUGCCUGAAAACUACUGCGUUCGAGCAGCUGGACCUAGUGAUGGAGAACGAGUGAAAGUUGCUUUCUAUAGCAUUAAAGGAACUGACCUACAUCUACUCGAUUCUGGCUACAUUAACUCAAGCAUUCUUAAAGAAUUUCAUUCUGGUUGGUACCAAGUUUCGAACUGUAGGUCAGACCUAUCCAGAUGGAUGUUUGAUUGUUCAAAUGGAUACGUCAGCUCAAACUAUGUUAGAUUACCGCAGUAUACGAGAAUUUUGCUUCUCGAACAACGAAGUAAACUUGAAAAGUAAAUAACUAUUAUUCCACUUGAGUUGUGGACUCUGAAGUUGAUUUCAUUACACAACACAAAAAAUUAGCGUCUUUGUGAAGUAAAGCAACAUCUUGUUUUAUUUGCAGUUGUUCUGAAGAGCCUCGGAAGAGUUCAAUAAAUGUUAUAUUGUAUUGUA